AAAACCGCCCAUGAGGGAAAAAACCGUGUGCGGUAAAAAAACCUCCCGUGAGGAAAAAAACCGUGUGCAGUAAAAAAAAACGACGGACGAAAAAAACCAUCGGAAGCCUUGCGUAUUUUUUAAGUAGGUAUAGAUAGGUUGGAUUUAGACAUUUUUGUUAAUUCGGUCUUUUUCGAACUAUUCGGUUAACCGAGGAGACUAACCGAAUUGACCGAAUAAAAUUCGGUCUUUCACUACCUAGGACCAAAUUGAUGACUGAAUUUCUCGGUCUCGGUCUUUUCGAUCUCGGUCUUUUCGGUUCGGUCUUUUUCUACCUACCCCUAGGGGUGUGUUUGGAUAAUGAGAAAUGGGGAGUGGGAUUGAGACGGGGAAAUGAAUGAAGGGUUAGGAUUAAAUGAAAGAGGGAGAAUAAAUGGUUAGGAUUUAAAGAUGUCUUUUGGUGGGUGGAAAAUCAUUUCCCAAACCCAUUAGCCAAACACUGCCUAGGUGAUACACACUGUUACUGCGUUGGACGGACGACGGAGUGGAAGAGUGGAACGGAAGAGGCGGAGGGCGCUUGGCGGGCUUGGGAUUGCAGAUGCUACUGGGCCGGAUCGAGCCCAACGCCACAGUUUCUUCUCGUCACAACUUCCAAUUUCCCAUCGCCCCGUCGCCGACUCGCCGUCUCCUUCUCCGGCUACGGCGGUCGCCGCCGGCGGUACCACUCGUCAAGUUCAUCCUCUCCCUCUCCCUCUCUCUCCUCUCGCUCUCCGAUCCUCUCCAAUUCUGGAUUGCUGCUUUCCCCCGUCGCUGCCCCCGCCAGUCCCGAAUCCACAGAUGCCAGGAUGAUGCCCGCGGGAUCGGCAUCCCUUCUCCUCGAGUGCUACGGCGGUGACCCUCCUCUUUCCUCCAUGGAGGGGACCAGCAGCGGCGAGGAGGUCGAGGACGGGACGGGUCCCUCGCCGGAGGCGGAGGAGGACGACGACCCGGCGCCGUACGUCGGGCAGAGGUUCCCGACGCACGACGCGGCGCACGAGCUCUACAGCGGGUUCGCGAGGCGGCGCGGGUUCUCGAUCCGCCGCCACCGGACGGAGGGGAAGGACGGGGUGGGGAGGGGCCUGACGAGGAGGUACUUCGUGUGCCACCGCGCUGGGAACCCGCCGGCGAAGCCCUUCGCCGCCGGCGCCGGCGACAGGCCGCAGAGGAACCGGCGGUCCUCCCGCUGCGGGUGCAAGGCGUACAUGCGCAUCGGCAGGAGCGCCAUCGCCGCCGCGGCCGCGGGGGAGGCGGAGGGGGAGUGGCGGGUCACGGGCUUCUCCAACCACCACAACCACGAGCUCCUGGGUCAGGACCAGGUCCGCCUCCUCCCGGCGUACCGCGUCGUCUCCGGGGACGACAGGGACCGGAUCCUGAUGCUCGCCAGGUCCGGGAUCUCCGUGCAGCAGAUGAUGAGGAUCAUGGAGCUGGAGAGGCGCGUCGAGCCGGGCAAUCUGCCCUUCACAGAGAAGGAUGUGAGGAACCUCAUCCAGUCGUGCAGGAAGUCUGAUCAGGAGGAGAGCGUCGAUCUGAUCAAAAUGUGCAGAAGAUUUCAGGAGAAGGACCCCGAUUUCAAGUAUGAAUUCACCAAAGGCGCGAGCAACCGCGUCGAGAACGUUGCCUGGUCGUUUGCAUCGUCGGUUCAGUCGUAUGAGAUGUUUGGUGAUGCUGUUGUAUUCAACACGACACAUCGGUUGCCUGCUCUGGACAUGCUGCUUGGUAUUUGGGUUGGAUUGAACAAUCAUGGGAUGCCUUGCUUCUUUGGUUGCGCUUUUCUAAGGGAGGAAAGUCUGCAAUCCUAUGCAUGGGCAUUAAAGGUAUUUCUCAACUUCAUGAACAGAAAGGCUCCGCUGACAAUAUUGACGGAUGAAAAUAUGUACCUCAAGGAAGCAAUUGAAAAGGAGCUUCCAGGCACAAAGCAAGCCCUCUGCAUAUGGCUUAUCGCAGCCAGGUUCCCAUCUUGGUUUGAUGCAGUUCUUGGCGAACGGUACAAUAGCUGGAAAGAUGAGUUCGAUAGGUUGUAUAACAUGGAAAGCACAAUGGAGUUUGAUCUUGGGUGGAGUGACAUGAUGAACAGCUAUGGACUACAUGGGAAUGGGCACAUUGCUAGUCUGUUUGCAUCACGAACUCUCUGGGCAUUACCAUAUUUGAGAGGGCAGUUUUUCGCAGGACUGCUUGCUUCUCCAGAAACUUCAAAGUCAAUUAGUGUCUUCAUUCAGCGAUUCUCGAGUGCUCAGACUCGCCUAGCCCAUUUCAUUGAGCAGGUCGCAGUCGUUGCCGAGUAUAAAGACCAAGCUGGGAGGCAACAAAUGAUGCAACACAAUCUGCAAAGCAUAACCCUCAAGACUGCAACUCCAAUGGAAAGGCAUGCGGCUGCAGUUCUCACUCCUUAUGCCUUCUCUAAGCUACAAGAUGAGCUUGUUGUGGCUUGUCAAUAUGCAUCAUUCCACUUGGAAGGGAAUGUCUUUCUGGUCCGUCAUCAUACCAAGACAGAAGACGGUGGGUGCAAUGUGACAUGGAGCCAAAGAGAGGAGCUAAUUUCUUGCAGCUGCAAUAUGUUUGAGUCUGCAGGGAUCCUCUGCCGGCAUGGCCUCCGUGUGCUCUCGACCCUCAACUACUUUCAGAUCCCGGACCAUUAUCUCCCUCCUCGAUGGCGUAGAACCUGGCCAUCACCUUCCAAGGCCUUGAAUGGUGCUUAUUUCCACGAGUCGCCUGAGAUUGGGAGAGUGAAGGCAUUGCAGUCCAUGGUGUCAGCUCUGGUGAGCGAAGCUUCCAAAUCUACCGAGCGGAUGGAUAUCGCGACGCGGGAGGUCUCUGCCCUGUUGUCGCGGAUGAGGCAGCAACCUGUUGUCAUGCACGUUUCAGGUGAUGGUGUUCACAAGUAGGGGUAGCUAAACCGUGCACUCCUCCAUGAGUGAGUGACGACUGACAGCUUUAGACCUGUUAGGCUGGUGUAAUGCCGAUGCUGUUUUCCCCUUCAUUUUUAGGUACAUUUUGGUAGAUUUUUUAGGGAUAACCAUUUCUUUAGACGCAAUUCUGCCCAGUUUUUCAGGGUGACCAUUUCUCACCCGCAUACCUUUUGCUAUGCACACAUCUUGCCCAUAUAUCUAGUACCCUAGUCAUUGCAAUUGGAGCUUCAUGGUGUGCUUUCACGCAAAAUGGAAGUGAAUGUCAAUAAUUAGCUUAUGUGGUUAAACCAUUCGUGCCAG